AUGGAGGCCAAGCUUCAGGAGCUCGAGACUCGGCUCGCGGCCCUGGAAGGUGCCGGAGGUGGCGAGGAUGGCGUUCUGCCCUCCCGCAAGACGGGGGGCGACGCGCAGAUCAUGAAGAAGGUGGCCACCCGCCUCCAAGACUUCGAAUCGCAGAUCACGGCCCAGCUGGCCAACCUGCAGACCGACUUCGACAAGAAGCUCAGCCAUGUGAACCGCGGAGCGGCUGCCACGAAACCGGUGGAUGGCGCCGGGGGAGCAGCGGGCCUGGACACGAUGGCCGAGGAUCUGGAUCAGCUGAAGUAUGACGUGGGCGAGCUCAAAGACUUGCUAGGCAACAACAAGGGCGAGGUGAACCACAUCCGCCGCAUCGUCCUGGCGUGCGAGCGCGACAUGGAGGACUUCACGGCGGCCAUGGAUGCGGUGAACGUGGACCUGGACGAGAUGCGAGCUCGCGUGGACGCCACCCACUCGAUCAUCACCUCUCGCCAGCGUGUCGAGGCGACCAUGACGGCCGAGAUUUCCACCAUGCGCCUGGACAUCGGCGACAUCCAGGAAGCACUGAAGAACCAUGACAGCUGGAUGGAGGAUGUCUCUAACACGCUUCAGCAGAUGCAAGAGAAGGAGGAGAACUUGACGGAGGACAUCAUCAACCUCAAGAACGAGAUGAACACCAAACUGGACACCAAGGUGGACAACGUGGCGUGGAAGGAGGCCAACGAUGACCUGGACGCUGCCAUCAAGACCGCCACUUUCCUACGAUUUGCUUAA